AUGGCCCACGAGCCGCUGCAUGGAUCAUGCUCAUGUGGUCGUAAUGAGUACAGCAUUCAGAUACCGGAGGAUGUGACCGAGCAUGCCGAAGUCUACUUUGACACUUCCCGAGACAACCGUCGAUCACAUGGCACACCUAUCACAGCCUGGCUUCGCGUACCUCUUGACUGGUAUCAGUCGAGCACUCGAUCUUUUUUCCCCGACGAGACACAUUCUUCUAUUCGCCGCAUCUUCACACCGCGCCAUGCACCUGACACCCGGCGCAUCUUUUGCGGUUUCUGUGGAACGCCUCUGACAUUUUGGACGGAGGAACCCCACGAGGAAGCCGAGUUUAUGAAUAUCGCAAUUGGAAGCCUAUUCAGCGAGGACCAGCGUGUCCUGGAGGAACUCGACCUUCUCCCGGCAGACUCUGAUGAGGAAGAAUCAGUGGCUGAACCAUCCAGCUCAGCCCUCGAACCGGCAAUGGACACUGUAUCCUCCAUCAUAGUGCCAUCGUUUGGCAACCAGGGCCUCUCACGAAGCUUCCGGCACGGUACAGCUGGCGGAAUUCCCUGGUUUGAGGAAAUGGUUGAGGGCAGCCGCCUCGGCCGGCUGAUGCAAUCUCGGCGCGGCAUGGGUGUUAGCGACGAUCAAUCUACUUCAUUCGAAUGGGAAAUCAGUGAAUGGCACGAUGAUGGAACUGGUGAUAUAGUACAGGAAGAUGACCCGGAUGCUCAUUCUAUUGGGAAGAGAAAGCGGGGCCAGCAGGUGGAGGCCAAGUCGAAGUCGAAACGGACCUGA